CGGCGGGCCGCCCGCCGCCUAGCGCGCUGCGGAGCGGGGCCGCGGCGCAGCAUGGCCGCGGAGCUGAGCGCCGAGGAGGAGCAGGCGACCAAGCAGUUCCUAGAAGAGAUCAACAAGUGGACCGGCCAGUACAAUGUGUCCCCGCUUUCCUGGAACGUGGCCGUCAAAUUCCUCAUGGCCCGCAAGUUCGACGUGCUGCGAGCGAUCGAGCUCUUCCACUCCUACCGGGAGACGCGGCUGAAGGAGGGCAUCGUGAAGCUGAAGCCGCACGAGGAGCCGCUGCGCUCAGAGCUGCUCAGCGGGAAGUUCACCAUCCUGAGCGUGCGGGACCCUUCGGGAGCCUCCAUCGCCCUCUUCACUGCCAAGCUGCACCACCCCAGCAAGAGCGUGCAGCACGUGGUGCUCCAGGCGCUCUUCUACCUGCUGGACAGAGCCGUGGAAAGUUUCGAAACGCAGAGGAACGGGCUGGUGUUCAUCUACGACAUGGCGGGCUCGCAGUACACCAACUUCGAGCUGGACCUCAGCAAGAAGAUCCUCAACCUGCUGAAGGGCGCCUUCCCGGCUCGGCUCAAGAAGGUAUUCAUCGUGGGAGCGCCCGUGUGGUUCCGCGUGCCCUACUCCAUCAUCAGCCUCCUGCUCAAGGAGAAGCUGCGGGAACGGGUGCAGAUGGUGAAGAUGUCGGAGCUGAAGGAGCACCUGCCCCGGGAGUGUCUCCCCGAGUACCUCGGCGGGUCCCUCAAGCUGGACCCCCUGAGCUGGAACUGCCGGUUCCUGCCCCAGCAGAACGGCCACCCCGACCCCCUCGAUGAGCUCAUCCUGGUGCCGCUGGCGCCCCCCAAAGACAACGGCUCCGUCCACGUCCCAGGGCCCAAAUCCGUCACCCUCCAGGAGCUGCUAGACCACGUCACCCAGAAGCAGAAGCGGGGCAUCUACGAGGAGUAUGAAGACAUCCGGCGCAGGAGUCCCGCCGGCACCUUCCUCUGCUCUUUGGCACCCUACAACCAGGAGAAGAACCGGUACGGGGACGUGCCCUGCCUGGACCAAACGCGGGUGAAGCUGGCGAGGCCGUACAGCCGCCCGGAGCUGACCGACUACAUCAACGCCAGCUUCAUGGACGGCUACAAGCAGAGGAACGCUUACAUCGGGACGCAAGGGCCUCUGGAGAACACCUACGGUGACUUCUGGCGCAUGGUGUGGGAGCAAAACGUCCUGGUGAUCGUAAUGACGACGCGGCUGGAGGAGGGCGGCAGGAGAAAGUGCGGCCAGUACUGGCCCCUGGAGAAGGACUUCCGAGCACGCUACGGGGCGCUGACCGUCACCAACCUGGGCGUGGAGAACCUGAGCCAUUACAAGAAGACCGUCCUGGAGAUCCACAGCUCGGAGAGCCGGGAGCGGCGGCUGGUCUCCCACUUCCAGUACCUGAGCUGGCCGGAUUACGGCGUGCCCUCGUCCGCCGCCACCCUCAUCGACUUCCUGGGGGCCGUGAAGCAGCAGCAGCGGGUGGCCGCCAGCGCCCUGGGGCCCCGCUUCAAGGGCCACCCCGGGGGCCCCCCCGUCGUGGUGCACUGCAGCGCCGGCAUCGGCAGGACAGGUACCUUCUGCGCCUUGGACAUCUGCCUGUCGCAGCUGCAGGACGUGGGCACCCUGGACGUGCAGCAGACGGUGCUGCGCAUGCGGACGCAGCGCGCCUUCAGCAUCCAGACGCCCGAGCAGUACUACUUCUGCUACACCGCCAUCCUGGAGCACGCGCGGCGCCGGGGCCUGCUGCCCGCCGAGCGCCCGCGCGCCGCCCGGGAGGCGAGCUCGCCGGGACGCUGAGAGCCGUCCGCCACCCCUUCCCGCCGGCGCGCGCCGCCGUCGAACUGUGCCUUACCGCGGCCGGGAACGGCGCGGGAAGAGGCUUCGGCUCCCCUCCGCAGGGUUCCCGUGGUUGGGUGGGGAGGUGGGAUUUUUCCUUUUGUUCGUUUUUUUUUCUUUUUUCUUUUUUUUUUUUCUUUUUUUUUGGUGGGACCAUCUAAAACUUUGUCCAGGGCAGGGCUCGGCCCCGCCGCGAAGCCCGCGCGCGGAAGCGUACCUCCAGCGCGCCCUCGCCGUGCCCAGCGCCGGCGGCUGCGCCCCCAGCGCCUAGACCAGCGCCGGCCCGGGCAGCUCCCGCGCGUCCGGGUUCGCGCCGGCUCUGCGGCGUUCCCGGCUUCCCCCGCCGGCUCCCAGGCCCUGCUGGCCCCUCACACGGGCCUCGGUAAUUUUAUACUGUAAUAAGCUCUUUAAAUGUGUAUAUUCUUAUUUUUUUAUAAUCUGGAGGGAGGAUGUUUUUGGAUUUUUUUUUGUUUUGUUUCUGUCUCUCUUUUUUUUUUUUUAUUUAACAUUUACUUGAUCCAAGCCAGAGCCAGAAAUAUUUGUAAAUGUUCCUAUCUGCUCUCACGCAGAGAAUGGAUUUUGCUGUUGUUAUUUUGGGGUUUGGUUUGGUUCUCACGUGCACAGCCACGCGGCGGGCGAGCGGCUCGCUCGGCGGAGCUGGCUGAGGGCGGGAGCCUCCGGGAGCCGGCGGCGGCGAAGCGGGACGCGGCCCGGGAGCUGCGCUGCGCCUCCCCGGUCCCGUCCCCGGGGCAGGCCGGCGGCGGCAGGACGCCUCGAGCUCGCCGUUGACUUCGCGCGUGGCGCAAAGAGGGGGGCCGUCGCUCACGUUUGCAGGCGUCCUCGCCCUCGGGUCACCUUUAAGCUUAAGGGAGUUGCAGGGUUUCUGUUCCCGAGCCUAGGUUUAAGCGCUUGCAGCCUUGCCCUGGGCGGCCGGAGCUUGCUCGCGCCCGAGGCUGAGCAGCCCCACGCGAGAGUUGCGUGCCGGGCAGCACCGGCUGGGAGCGCUUUUCCUGCGCUGAAAAAUUCCUGCUCCGCUUUGGGGGCCUUAAAAGCAGCUUUGCCGCCCCAAAUUCCCGUGCGCAGCACCGCUUUGCUGCGUUUGGUUGGUUGCGUCAUCCCGAGCCCGGGGCUGCCGCCGCCGCCGCCGAGGGUCCCGCCGGGAUAACCAGGCUGGCGGUGGCUUUCCUGGCGCCAGCGGGAUAAAUGCCGGUGGGAAGGGAAGGCGGUGGGCCGGCUUCGCCAAGCAGUCCGGGGACACUUGCCUAUUAAUUUAAAAAAAUAAAUAAAUAAACAAACCUGAUGCCGUUGCUGCUGCAUGUAACACGCAAGCGACGGGAGCGGAGAUUAAAGGAAAGGCGUUGUCCUGCG